UGGAUAGCAACAAACAUGGCGAACACCGGGCUCUCACAACUGAUUUAGGAAAAUAUUUAAGAUAUAUCAGGAGAGGGAAUUAAGAGUCAGACAUGUUUGAAAUAUCAAGGAAGUAUUCUAUAAUCUUCAAACAGGAAAAUGCUCAUGAGGACAGUAUAUGGAGUUGUGCCUGGCAACAAAGUGACAGAGAUAGAUCAGAGAACAUCAUUACAGGGGGGAUAGAUGACCUAGUUAAAGUGUGGAAAUGGACGGGGGAGAAGUUAGAACUGAGACACGUCUUGGAGGGUCAUCAACUGGGGGUGGUCUCUGUGGAUAUGAACCUGAGUGGAACAUUGGCUGCGUCCAGCAGUUUAGACAGUCAUGUACGAGUCUGGGACGUAGACACGGGGAAAUGUAUCAAAAGUAUGGAGGCCGGACCAGUUGAUGCCUGGACUCUUGCUUUUUCUCCGGACUCCAGAAUUUUAGCGACAGGAAGUCACAGCGGAAAAAUAAACCUGUUUGGAGUCGAGUCGGGACGUAAGGAAGAAUCACUUGACACCAGGGGGCGCUUCACCCUAAGUAUUGCUUAUAGUCCGGAUGGAAAAUUAAUUGCCUCGGGUGCAAUUGAUGGAAUUAUAAAUAUAUUUGACACACAGACAGGGAGACUUAUCCACACGUUAGAAGGUCACGCCAAACCCAUUAGGUCGCUGUGUUUUUCACCGGAUUCUCAGCUUUUGGUUACAGGUUCAGAUGAUAACCAGAUCAAAAUUUAUGAUGUACAACAUGCCAACUCAGUAGGGACCCUGUCAGGUCACGGUUCCUGGAUUCUCAGCGUGGACUUCUGUCCUGAUAACACACAUUUUGUUUCCAGUUCGUCAGAUAAGACAGUUAAGAUCUGGAAUGCUGGUAGCAGACAAUGUGUACACACCUUCUAUGACCAUUCUGAUCAAGUAUGGAGUGCCAAGUAUAACAGCGCGGGGUCUAAGAUCGUUUCCGUCUCUGAUGACCGCGCGGUCCACAUCUACGACUGUCCCCCGGUCUGAGGCUGACCAUACAAACCACUCAUCAUCACAAAAUCAUCGCAUCCUACAUCGUACCUGUCAUCUUCAUCAGACAGUGUUUUAUAUAAUAAUGAAAUUGACUGGGGGAUUUCCUGGACUGUAAAAGGAAUUGUUAUGCCUAUUACGAAGACCACGGCAUUUUGUAUGUUAUGUUGCUUUUCUGUGAAAAAGAAAUUAACAUACAGAAAAUUAAUAAUAUUAAUACAUGUAACUUUGUCAUGUUGUUGAGUUGAAGUAGCAUAUUCAAUGUGGAAGGUGAUGCUCAAAAUCUUUUUUGAAAUACUUGAUGAAAUUUAUUCUAUAAAUUUGGGGAUUUCAAGUAUUAUAAAUUUAUGUUAAUAUGUACAUAAAACUUUUCACAGAUUUUAGGAAAAUAUUU